AUGCGCCGAACGAUGCUGCUCAUCAUCCCCACGACGAUCCUCGCGCUCGUGGUCCAACAAAACAAUGCAUGUUUCGUGAAGAGUGCUUUGCGUUUUGUCCAAAAAGCAAUCGUCAGAUGGGAUGGGUUUGAUUCAAAAUACUUACAAACGUUGUCCGUCAACGAUAAAAACGUGGACAUCCAAUACUGGAAUUCGAAACUCGGCAACCAUAAAUCUAUAAAAAUAAGGUUCAAUCACGAGUACGAAUUGUCAGAACAUUGGAUUCCGGAUAAGCCUUUAAAAGUGAUCUUACACGGAUGGCUCGACUCCAUCAUACACGAGGAUGGCGUGUCUUGUAUAAAAACAGCUUACGUAUACGUGGGCGGAUAUAACGUGAUAACCGUGGACUGGGGCGGCAUAGCGGGAUUCCGGAAUUACAUGUUGCCGAUGUUGAUGACGUCAAAAAUAGGCGCCAGACUGGCCAAGGUGUUGGACAAUAUCGUGCACCUCGGACUCGUCCAAUCUGAGGACAUACACCUGAUCGGGCACAGUCUCGGGGCGCACAUCGCCGGCGUGUGCGGGUCUCUGACGAAGUCGGGCAAGAUCGGCCGGAUAACGGGUCUCGAUCCGGCAGGACCGGGCUUUGAGUUUGCAAAGCUGCAGAAAAAAGGGCUGAAGAAAUCGGACGCUCAGUUCGUGGACGUUAUCCACACAUCCGGUGGAUCCACGGGCAUUUAUCACUCGGCUGGUCACGCGGACUUUUUCCCGAACGGCGGCAGCGUGCCUCAACCGGGCUGCUACGACGGUAUAAAGCUCGAAAGGAUAAUCGGGCUCGUUGGCUGUAGCCACUCUAGGGCGUACAUGCUGUACGCCGACUCGGUGUACUACCCUGGUACGUUGAUGGCGUACAAGUGCCUGUCAUGGAAUGAUUACGUGAACGACGACUGCGACAGUGACGAAAAAACGCCGAUGGGACACGGCGCUUCGCCCACGGUGAGAGGUGAUUUCUAUUUCAGAACCACAAGCAGUCCUCCUUACGAUGAUCCGGAUGCACCGAAGCAAGACCUCUGA